AUGUCCGAGGGGACACAGGAGGCCACCGGCUCCAGAGAGCCAGCAUGCGUGCUCUGUGGCCGAGUGGAUGACAAGCCAUCCAUCUUCGGCAAGAGAUACGAGAUGUAUGGGCUGUGUUUCCAUGCAUAUUGUGUGGGAUUUGCCAACGGUCUUUGCCAACAUGGCAUAGACAAUCAAAACAGGGGACUUUUUCACAUUGAACACCUCAUUGACUUGAUGAGGGUGGCAGCGCAGAAGCUUUGCUUCGUCUGCGGCAAAAUGGGGGCCAGCGUCACCUGCGCAGAGCCGGGCUGCACGCGGAGCUUCCAUUUCCCCUGCGCCCAAGAGGGUCAAUGUGUCACCCAACACUUUGGAGACCACAGGUAA